AUGCUGCGUUCUCUCAAAAACAAAGCAUCCAACGUUUGGCAGAAGAGGAAGGCGUCGAGAACAAUUUCAACUCCACCUCCCGAGCUCCAGACUUCUAGCAGCGCCCUCGCUGAAUCUGAAGUUGACGCAGAGGCUGUCAUUGUUCAUAACAACAUCAACAACAAUCGCACUACAGGGAAUCCGCCUCCAUAUCAAGACAAUCCCUAUCCUCUACCGCCCAAUUCUGUCCCCUCAACAAUCUCGACGGAUCUUGAACAUGAGCAGCAACCUCGACGGCAACCCUCCUAUCCUCUACCGCCAACAUCUGUCCCUUCUACUGUGUCGACCCUAUCGAAUUACCAGCACAGCCAAGAUCAUCCCACAGCCCAGGGGCAUAUAGAAGACCCCCUUGAUCCAGAACCAGACCCUUAUACCUUGAGAUACGUUCCUUACACAGACGCGAAUCCUCUCAAGAACAACAUGUUUGCCAGACAGGCCGGUAUCUAUGGACGGGUAAACCCAGAUAUCAUGGGAGGUUUUGGAGACGACGACGAAUCCAUCUGGCUUGUAGAUGAUGAGGAAACGGACCAAGAGCAACAGCAACACCGCAACAGUCAAACCCACCUCGCUCCAACAGAAUCUACCUCCCAGUUGGCUUUCGGGUCUUCUGGUUCUCCCUCAUCACACAACUCCCAAGCACACCUACAGCAACCAGGUGCUACUCCCGAAUCCGCACCUUCUGCCCAGCCAGCCUUUCACUAUCAAAGACCUUCGUUCUUAGACAAUGACGACGACUUACUUUUCGGUCCACCCCCUGGUAUAGUCACGACCAGUGGGGCCACUUCUAAUCAAAAUGGAGAAUUGACAUCACAACGGGGCUACGCUCCUAUUUCAGCAUCGAUCCUCGACCUAACAGCUCUUGGUGUCGAGGAUUUUGAUACAGAGCCCUUUGAUGCUAGAGACCACACUGGAUUACCCAACGAACGCUCUCGAACUACUACAGCUACCGCCGGGCCCUCGUCCUCCACUAACCCCUAUGUUAAUUUAUUUGAGCAGCAAGAUAAUGAUAUGACAAUAGCGUAUCUUCUCCAACUAGAGCAGCUCGAGUCCGACACAGCUAAUGAAUUCCGUUUUGGACAACGAUAUCAGCAAUCUGCAGAAUCAACUGAUGUAAUUGUCACACGCCAGCGUACCGCCAGAAGUACUGUUACGGGUGACCUAGAUUGUGUAGUGUGUGCGGAUACCAAACAUGUGGAUGCUUUCCCACGUUUCUCCAUCGCGGCAACAUGCACACAUCCUCCAAGUACAUGCCUCGACUGCAUUCAGCUAUCGAUAGAAUCGGACCUGAAUAGUAAGCUCUGGACUGAGAUCAGAUGCCCUGAAUGUCGGGAGCUACUAGAGUACGCCGACAUUCAACGUUAUGCCAACAAACAGACAUUCACAAAAUACGAGACCAUCGCACUGCGGGCAGCUAUGUCGGAGGCCGACAACUUUGUCUGGUGUACCUCUGGGUGUGGUUCAGGACAGAUUCAUGAGUCUGGGUCAGCUCAACCCAUUGUGACUUGCCUCCACUGCAACCAUCGUUCUUGUUUCCACCACAAUGUCGCUUGGCAUGAGACCCUCUCUUGCGACGAAUACGACAAAUUGUUGGCUGAUCCGGAGAACUUUCGCUCCCACCUUGAACUAGAGAAUGAAAAGUGGUCAGAGGCACAGCAGGCCCAACUGGCCCAACUGGAUGCCGACAGAUCCAUGGCUCAAAAUCUCCUGAGUGAAGACCGGGCUGAGAUGAGGCGACGGGAAGACCGGGCUCGUCAGGAGAGGGAGCAAGCUCAAAAGGCUGCAAAACUCGCCCGUCAAAUUGCAACCAGAAGAAAGAAAGAAGAGGCACAGAGCAAUGCAACUCUUAGCCGUACCACCAAGCCCUGUGCAGGAUGCGGAUGGGCGAUUGAAAAGAACAAAGGCUGCUCACACAUGACAUGUAAGUCCCCAUACCCUUCUUGUGUUUAUGUCUUGCCAUACACCUGCAUUUCUAUGUCUAUACUGCCAUCGAUGGCAUCAAAUGCCGUCAUGAGUUUUGCUGGGCCUGUGAUCAGCCAUACACUCGAGGACACAACAAUUAUUGCCGAGGCUGAAGUGGCUCAGUUGUGA